AUGUACAAUAAAGAUAUUUCUAUUAAAAAUACUGGCAGAUUAGCACUAGUUCGGCAUCAGAAUAGUGCGAUGCACAUGAAACUAUGCAAAUCUCAGAAAAACCAGGAAACAUUAACAGAUAUGACGGUUUUUAAAGGAGGCCCAAAUCAGGAAACCAUAUUAAAAACGGCAGACUUACAUCUCGCAGCUUUUGUCACUGAGCACAAUUUGUCAUAUAAUGUGAUGGAGCAUUUACCUGCACUAAUAACCAAACUGGCGCCUGAUUCAGAAAUAGCAAAGAAAAUUAAAUGUAGUCGGACUAAACGCUCUUGUGUUAUUAAGAAUGUUAUUGGCAACAGGCAUGAGGAGAAAAUCUGUGAAAUUUUAACUAGGAAUAAAUUUUCAUUAAUUAUUGGAUCCACAGACCGUUCAUGCACAAAACAUUUGUGUCUUGUUUGUAGAUACCGUCAUAAUAAUAUAAUUCAAGACAGUUUCCUUGCAUUACUGCCAAUUAAAGAAGCUAAGGCUGAAGAUCUGUAUAAAGAAAUUACCAACUUUUUUAGCCUGAAGAAAAUACCGCAUCAACGAAAUCUAAUUGGAUUCGCAUCUGAUGGGGCAAACGUUAUGGUUAGAAAACACAAUUCAGUAGUAUCUAGGUUAAAGGUAGAUAUACCAAAUGCUUAUGUUGUUAAGUGUAUUUGUCACAGCUUUCAUCUAUGUGCGUCAUAUGCUUGUUUAAAAUUACCUAGGGGGAUUGAAGAUUUGGCCCAUGAAAUAUAUACUUAUUUCUCAAAUAGUCCAACAAGAGUCGAAACCUUUUAA